AUGAACGACGCGUCGAAGGCGAAAUUCAUUGAAUGGUGGCGUACAACCCUUCGAGCAAGUGGCACACCAUACUACAGGCGAACCUCUAGUUAUGUGCCGGUCUUGCGGAGUGUCACUUCCGCAUCCACAUUCAAAACAGAGCGGUACCAACACAAUGAAGCGCCAUUUAAGCACGGGUAA